CAGGUUGUAGAGACCGAGGAAAAGGCAGAGCUACUAUGGCACCAUAAAGGCGAGCGGCACCGCACCCUUUCUGUAAGGCGGAGGGGCUGCAGUCCACAGGUAACCCGAGGAAGUUACGAAACCCAGGGCUUACAUGCAAAUGUGGAACAUCUCUGAUUGAAAAAUAACGACACACUUAUGCAGAUGGGACACGCCAGAAAUAAAUCUAAUUGAUUGGUAAAGACGAGGACUUGAGGGACAGUGCAACCCGAUCUCAGACUGGGAAGCCACGUUGCUAAGCUGAGCAGUCCAUGUGUGCUAUCCGGAUGGCCAGCAUCUAGUCUGUCCCGCGCUCUGCUGGCACUCUCGCACCCAGUAGCUGCCCGUCUGUCCUUCACACACGUCUCUUGCGCUCUCCUCCUCCACCUCGGCCGCAAUGUGCAUAGAGAUUGUAGGCGACGACGCACCCGGGUGCUACUGCAACCGGACGCUGGAGUUCUUCUACAACCACAGUGGGAAGUACAUCAACGAUUCAUGGACCUCGCAAAGCCUGCUGGUGGUGAUCCUGGGCAUCAUAGUUUGUGCCUUCAUCCUCUUUGCCAACAGCUUGGUCAUGGUGGCCAUCAUCAUCAACCGUGGCUUCCACUACCCCAUCUACUACCUACUGGGCAACCUGGCUGCGGCCGAUCUGUUCGCCGGUGCCUCUUACCUCUACCUGAUGUUCCAUACGGGCCCCUGGACCAAAAAGCUGUCUAAGCCCCAGUGGUUUCUUCGGCAGGGUCUGAUCGACACAAGCCUUACGGCCUCUGUGGUGAACCUGCUGGCCGUGGCAGUGGAAAGACACCAGACCAUCUUCACCAUGCAGCUCCACAGCAAGAUGUCCAACCGGCGGGUGACGCUGCUCAUCCUGGGCAUCUGGCUAGUGGCCCUACUGAUGGGCCUCAUCCCCAGCAUGGGCUGGCACUGCCUAUGUGACGUGGAGAACUGUUCCAUUAUGGCGCCUUUGUACAGCAGAAGCUACCUGGUCUUCUGGGCCGUGCUCAACCUGGUCACCUUUACCAUCAUGGUGGUUGUGUACUUGCGCAUCUUCCUGUACGUGCGCAGGAAGAGCCAGAGGAUGUCGCAGCACACCACACAGACUAAGCACAAGGAAACCGUCGUGAGUCUCAUGAAGACCGUGACCAUGAUCCUGGGUGCUUUUGUGAUCUGCUGGACCCCCGGUCUGGUAAUCCUUCUGGUGGACGGCCUCGAGGCGGGGAAAAGUGUCCUGAUAGUGGAGAAGUACUUCCUGGUCCUCGCCGAGUGUAACUCUCUGAUCAACCCCAUCAUCUACUCUCUGCGGGACAAGGAGAUGCUGUCGACGUUUAAACGCAUCCUGUGCUGCCUCUGCAGGAGGGGUGGGGUGCAGGGCAGCGCUUCCAGCGUGCGCUUUGACACCCUGCGGCAAGAGACAUUAAAGAGCAACACCAUCAAAAUGAAGAAGACUAUGGGGAAGACCGCCCAGUGCCCUAACAACAUCCCUGCAACGUCGAACGAUGGCCAGACUGCAAAAUGAUCAUGCAGUCUGACCGCUUCAAAGGAGGAGUACUAACUGUUAGACAGGCUGACGCACUCGGUUGGGAAGUCACGUCGCAUUCUGGGGUGAAGCUCUCCGCAGGGCCUCAGUUUACCUGAUGACUUACAGAUUUACCUACAGUGAGCUCAAAAAAAAGCAGGAUCUCUCAGUUACCUGGGUUAACUAAGCUAGAAGUCAUGAUCAUCCAAUAAGAGUUUAGAUAAGGAGCAUUCCUGUUGGACAUCCACGAUUUCUAGCGUAAAUUAACCCAGCUAACUGAGGGACCCUGCUUUGUGGAACACCCCGCUGGUGGCUGAGGCAGACCGGCAAGUCCUGUGUGUUAUUGACAUGUAAACUUUACUUGUACUUAAUGCUGAUUAUAAAGGUCAGUCACUAGUGUUUGUUUAGCCUCCCAGUGACUGAAACGAAAACUUGCUUUUGCAAAUGAAAAUACUGUUUAAUACGACUCGUGCUUUCGCCCCUUUUUAUGAUGGACGAAACCACGGUCAGGUGUGACACCCGUCCUGUUUCGCGAGUGGCCGAUUCCCUGAAAGGCUAUGUUGACAUUCCUUUCCGCUUCAUAGAGAUUUCACGUCACUCCGGCCGACACGCCCUUUCAGUGCCAUUUCUUGUAAGCUGUCAUUUUCCGCUUAGAUGCAUUAGCUGUAUUCUGCUUGUCCUCUCGGAAGAGAUCAGUGCUUGAGAUAGAACCGGCAUCUUUGAAGCGUGAGUCUUGGAGUCACAAUACCAGUGCCUCUCACCCUGGGCAAGAAGGAUCUUUAGGGAUCUUCACCUUGAUCUUGACCUCUACAUACCAAGCUAAAAGUGCCUGAGCCAAGUCAGCAGACUGUAACAAAACCACAGACAGAUAUUUUGCACUUGUUACAUUACUGGAACUGACGGACCAGUAUCGGUGACUUCCCAAGGCUGUUUCCUUGACCACCGUUCUGCCCGCUAGCCUACGAAGAGAACUUGACUUGUAGCAGGUAUUGAUGUAGAUAAAAAUGUGUGAUCCUGUUUUCUCCUUGGCUUCCAGUUCAUCUGAACUUGGGUUUGCUUUUAGGCGCCAUUAAUGCAGAUGGACGGCCCGGCAGGCCUCAAUAUCGUGCUUUUUUUUUGUCGAACUGCCACGAGUGCAGAGGUGGGAGGUGCACCUCUGCGUAACAGUCUCCAGCCAAUGGUGCAGCCUGCAGUUAGGGUUUUUACAGCUCACAUCUACACCAUGGCUUUCCCACAGACCGACCAAACACUAGUGUCUGUCCUUCUGCUUGUUCUAGGAGGAAGACCAACUUUAAAAGUGGUUUCGUUCACGUGAGUUGACUUCAGGUUUUACAUAACAGGAUCAUCAGUGCCAUUUGCUGAAUGUGAUUGUUUUAAAAUGCAAAUUGGUUCAGCGGUGUGGUUUAGGUAGUAAUGAGAGGAAAGAGGCCCAUUAACCUUCUGUGGACGGGCCAUGUUAUUUACUAACCAGUUUCGCAUACUUCUGGUUAAGUUGAAUGGUCAGCAAAAGGCCGCAUGCUGUAAUCUUUCCUGCUGCGGGAUUUGAAACAUUGUCCUGUUCCUUGGUUUACGUGAUCCAUGUGUGGUUUGGAGGGAGUCCACCUGCAAGCUUCAGUCUUCUCCAACAUUCGUUCACCUGAAUCGAUUGGAACCCAUGUGUACUUGUCUACUGCUUAACAGGAUGCGUAGACCUCAAGUUCUGUCUGGUUAAGGAGAGGAUUUGUAAGUCUCAGGAUGAUCUCGGCUGUAGUUCUGGUGAACGUGGCUCACUGGCGAAACUGAAACUCAGAACUAAUGAGGAAGAUACUGCACAUGGAUUUUCAGUUCUGUACCUCUGGCCACACACCAUUUUAAAAGAAGUUUUAGAAAAGCAGACAUACAGAGAGGUGAUCAAGACACUUUCAUUUUUGUAUGCAGGGUUUAAUAAGAUUGUGGUUAAAUGACAAUCUUCAGAAAAGAGUUCAUAGUGGUAGAUGACUGGAUGGGUUUCAGAUAUUGAGCUUGAAUUUUUGUUCCUUGUAUGGUGUGUGGCUCCUUAAUUAUCUUUUAAAGACGUAAGAUUUAUAUUUCCACCUUUGAUUGCCUGUAAUAUUCAAAAUAUAGUUUAAUCAAACUUCCAAACUACCUCUCAUGUUUUCACGUCGAUUUAUGUAGAUUUUGUCUUUGGUGAUAUACUGCCCCUGCUAUGCAGAGUUUCUGCUUAGUUACAUACCUGUUUAAUACCCUCCCCCCCCCCUUUUAACAACGUGAAAAUUUGCUUUAAAGAGGUAUACAGUGCUUCUGAAAUUCAGAGAAUUGUAAUGCUGAUAUUCUGCAUCUGAAAUGCAUGACAGCUACAAAGUUACGUGUGUUAUCGUUGAUUUGUGUUUUUAGGUUUGAGGUACACAAUGUUACUAUUUGGUGAGAUUUCGUCAUGUUAAGAAUUUUUUUUUUCCUCCAAAAUAACUUGCUGUUACUCUGUGGCUAACUGAUCAAAAAAAGAAUUGUAAUUUAUUUUUCUUUGUUUGUUGUCCUUCACUAUGCAACGAAGCUGCACAUUUGACCACAGUUGUGGUACUAAAAAUUCCAUGAUGAUCAUCUCUGGUCUGUUGAAUAUUAUCUGCCAUCCACUGGCUGGUAUUAAAUGCCAGAACAUUUUUUAUUGAGACAGCGCAAACGCCGAGAUUUGUGACUUUCGUGAUUAUGGUGCCGAGUUCCCCCUAGUGGCCAAUACUGGAUAUCGUAGCGCUAGAGCGUUAUGGAAAUACAACUGCACUUUUUCGUGAGUCGUUACGUAUAAAAGGUCGUCUGGGUGGUGCCACGUAGAGGCCAGUACAAGACAUUGCAAGGUAGAACAUUAUUGGAAAAACAGCGCUGCUUUUUGAGCCGUUAAGGUUAUUUGCUGCCACCUACUGGGCGGGACAUAUAGCCAGGAUGGAGUUCUUUUGGUUAGUAUUGACGAGGUGACAACACACAGAGAGGAAAACGGGAUUAUUCCUGGAUAACCCUUCUAAAUUCCGAUGUGACAAAGCAACACUUCUUUUCUUUUUGCCUGUGAACCUCUCAACCUUUGCUAUUUUUGCUAAUAUCUUUUUUUAAUAAACAGCAUUAUAUUUCAAAUCAAA